AUGCAGUUAGAAAGAAGACAACUGGUUUUCAUCAUUUUUGGAUGGUUUAUUUGUCCUAGUUUCGAAUUAUCCUGCAUUCAAUGCACUAGUCCAGUCGAGCGAAUCACACAGAAUUGGGAUCAUUCUUGUCUAGACGGAACAUUAGCCAGUGUGGCUUGUAAAAAGCCGAAUAACGAAUCCAGCGAACCCUUCCUAAACUGUGUAUCUGCUCUUUAUCGCAUAGGAUUGAAUACAAAUGGAGGUAAGAAAUCGUGA